AUGUCUCGCUCGAGCGCAGGCUGCGGUGCAAAGAAGCCGGCGCUGACUCUGGCGCAAUUGUCUUCAUAUGAUGACAUGUUGACAGAUGCGCUCGUUGAUCGGGCAUACUACUGGACCACAAUUCCCAAGAAUCGACCCUCGUACCAUCCCUCGCGCGGCGUCAAGGAGGAGGAAAUUACCAAGAUCAUACAGACGCAUUUAAUUGUCAACCCCGAUAUUGAUAUCGCCGAGCAAAAACUACUUGCGACUGACGGCCUGAGGCGAUUCUACAAUGCGCUCAAAACGCCCAAGGAGAAGGUCGACUUCAAGCAGCACAUGCGCCGCUACACCCAGAUCUAUCUCUCCGACUGCCCCUUCGAAGUCAGCAGUACCAACAGGUACACCAUAACCACGCAUGAGGCCAGCAUUGUGGCACGCCGCUUCAUCAAGCGCAACGAGAGCAUCAAGUACCUGUCCGGCAUCCAGGUCCUUAUCACCCCCGAAGAGGAGGCGGCCCUGUCCGUGCGAAAGAAGGACUUCAGCAUCGUCGUGAGCAGCAGGAGUAGGAUGGCCAGCUUGUUCAUGGGUCCAGCUCGCUUCGCCAACCACGACUGUGGCGCCAAUGCCAAGCUUGUUAUUACUGGUCAGGCUGGUAUCGACAUCGUCGCGGUUCGGAGCAUCGGUGUGGGAGAGGAGAUCACCGUCACGUAUGGCGAAAACUACUUCGGCGAGGACAACUGUGAGUGCCUGUGUCAAACCUGCGAGGACACACUGGCCAACGGCUGGAGACAGCCGGGCGGAGUUGCGCCUGUCAAGAAAAGCAUUGAGCUGGACGGCACAGCAGCGCAAGGGUACAAUACACGAGGCAGACGGAGGUACGGCAGGGGAGAGUCCAGGUCUAGAACACCCUCGAUAACCCCGGACCUACGGCCGAAAGUCUUCAAGACGAGAGCCAAACAGCUCCGGGAUGGAGAUCGCGCGUCGACCGCCGAGUCUAGCCUCCCUGGCUUUACCGGCGGCGGCGGCAGUAGCAGUAGCAGCAGCUCGAAGCGCAUCCGGGAUUCUGACAGUCUUGCGACGCCGCCGGUUACGCCUGCAAAGAAGCAAAAAACAACUCAUUAUGAGAUACGGCCGGUAUCUCUGCGCAUGGAGCGGAGUGUCAGUUCAGAGGAUGAGUCGCGUGGCAUUGCUUCGAGAUCCGAAUCAUCGGCCGGUGAAGCUGUGCUCACGGAUGUUACUACCCCGGAGGACACAACCGACCCUGCAGAAUCGAUAACAGCAAAUCCCACGCCACUCUCUCAAGCAAUCGAGAACUUGAAACAGGAGCAAGACGCAGAGGAAGCCACAGGUGCGGGCUUGAAGCGGGUGGCCCUCUUCUCUGACUCGAUGGAACUUCCGUCUUCCUCUUCUCCAGAUCCUCUCUCCACUGGUCUCGUGGAUUUCCAAACUACACCAGCGAGUCCCGAAAGACGCACCCGUGGACGCCUGAGAAGGCGCUCCUUGGAAGGCUCGCCUCCACGCCAAGACAUGUCCCUGCCACUGACCGAGGUCAAUCGCCUCCCCACGCCUCCCGCUGGGCCUCCUGGCCACAGAGUACCUGGUGAUUACGAGUUGACACCGCGGCUUCUCUCCGAGCCCGACAUGGCCUGGGUACGAUGCAUGAAUUGUUCAGUCGCAUUUGUCCAACCAAAUGCUUACUACACACGAUCGUCUUGUCCCCGAUGCGAGCGCCAUUCUAAACUGUACGGAUACGUCUGGCCCAAGACACAGCGCGAAGGACCUUGGGACAAGGAAGAACGGAUAUUGGACCACCGUACCAUUCACCGCUUCCUCGCGCUGGAUGAUGAACUGCAAGCUCGUGGACGUGCAGCCAUCAAACGACCCGAGACAAAGACUCCCAAGGAGGACACUCCAGUUUCCACAUCGCAGGGCAUCAGGAGGGGGUCACUGAGGAGUAGAAACAAGUCCUCCGCUCGGGACAGGGACAGGGACAACGAUAGUCCUUCCGCGGAAUCAGAUGUCCGGCGCAGCGGGAGAUCGCGCAAAGCGAGGGCCAGUUAUGUUCGAGGUGUUUAGACUGCACCCUCGAGCUAUAGGAUGACUGGGUGAUUUGAGCGCCCCUACUUGGGCAUCUCUAACAUUGCUCCACUGGUAUCCGAACUGGUGCGAUGCGAGGCCUCGAAAGGAUAGUGCAUCCUUUCUAUUCCAUAAUGGACACAAGCUUGGCCAAGUCGAGAGACUCCAAACGUUUUGCAAGGCUUAUGCAAGGAGAUUCACAACCAGCGUGAUAUCUCUCCCGGGAAAUGCACUAAAGCAACCGGAACAAGCGUAUGUAACUAAUACUACAACUUCGGGCCCGACCUCAAAACCUCUUGAGCAAAGCGUGCUAUUGGCGAUAUGACGAGCGGGUUCAAAUUUUGGGCAAAUAUGCUCACCCCCUCGGAGAAAGCCUGGAAGCAUCAGAAGACUCAGAAGUUUUUUGGUAACGCUGCAAUACAAAAAUAUCUAAUAUG